AUGUCAUUUGAAUAAGAAUUACUUAAAUUUUCACAAGAACUACAUUAAAAAAUGUAAACCACCGAAUAAAUAGUUUUCCAAAACUUAUCAACUAUUGAAUAAGAAUGUAUGAAUUAAAGUAGAGAUGAUGUAGAUAGAUUUGUAAAUUGUAUGAAUUAAGCUACUGAAAAAGUAUAAAACGAAGAAAAAAAAUUCGAAUUUAGAAUGGCUUUUCUUUAAAACGAAACUUUUAAUUGCUUUAAAAAUGCUGAAUAAUAAAAAUAAUAUGAACCUUGUAAAGAAAAUGCCAAAUAAAAUUUAGAUAAAUAUUUGAAUGAAUUUAUUAAUUAAAUUAAAAAAUGA